AUGACGCUUCAUAUGAUGAAAAAUGACGGUUCGUUUCAAGAAUACGAUAGCGAAUAUCUACAGAAAAUGUUAAAACAUAUUUUAGUAUGUAGUAGAUGUUGUAAAUAUUUAAAAGAUUUUAUAAUGACAAUUGAUAAGUUUCUCGAGGCAGGUGACCCCGUACCGGAUUAUAGUGACCAAUGUAACGUAGAAACAUUUUUAGAUGAUAUAAUACCCUGUGAUGUUUUUUUGAUAGACGGUGAAUUUAACGUGAUUCGAGAACAAUACUAUUCGGCAUUAUUAAAUGAGACUAAUGAACUAGGUAUCGAAGCUUCGCACAGUGCCGUGUUGAAGUUCGUACAAGAACAUGGCAGUGUUUCGCAAAUAUAA